GGUGUAACCUACCCGGCAUGUCACGGGAUUUGGCGGCACUGGGCCCCACCAUUGGAACGAUCAAGGUUGGCAACACUAGCAUUCUGUGGGUCCUACGGCGGGGCAGUCGUUGGGAUGCCUCUAGCUGGUUACCUAGUGGAAACCUAUGGCUGGGAAACACCCUUUUACUUCUACGGUGUUGCUGGCUUAGUGUGGUACAUGUUCUGGCUCUGGUUGUCCUUCGAGAAACCUGCAAAGCAUCCGACAAUCUCCGACCAGGAAUUGUUUUACAUACACGAAUCGUUGGGAACGACGGCGUUGAAAUUGCCGGAACCGACUUUUCGCACAACUCCGUGGAAGGCAUUUUUCACUUCGAUGCCGGUUUAUGCAAUUUUGGUGGCCAAUUUCUGCCGAUCCUGGACAUUUUACUUGCUUCUCAUCGACCAAGCCACAUAUUUGAAGGAAGUUUUCGACUACAACCUCAAAGAGGCG